AUGCGCUGUGAUACAUGUCUUGUCAACCUGUGUAAGGCCUGUGUGGGAGAACAUUAUACUACCAACCUCUCAAAACCUCAUAAAAUUGUUGACUUUAAGAACAGAAAAUCUAAUUAUCCCUACCCUGGAUGUGUAACACAUGACAAAGAACGAUGUAAAAUGUAUUGUAAACAAUGUGACAUUCCUCUUUGCAAGAAGUGCAUUGCAUCUGAUUAUCAUCUAGGUCAUAUGGUAUCAGACAUUUUGCAAGUUCUUGAUGAGAAAAUGUUCAGCAUCAUCCUUGAACAAACUGAAUUAAAUGACGCAAUUUAUCCAACCUACCAGGACAUUGCUUCUGAUAUACAAAAUAGAAUGAGUCAGUUAGAAAAGAAAUACGGAGAUCUCUCAACAGCCAUAACAAAACAUGGAGAGGACUGGCACAGAGAAACUGACAAACUUGUUAGGAAACUUACAGAUGAAUACAGACGAAUUCCAACUUCAGUCAUACCACCUUUACCUAAAUUCAAGACAAAAAGAAUUGACGAAAGAACACUUUGUACAAUGUUUGGUGCUCCAUCAACUUCGGAGGAAAAUGGAAGCCAUUUGAAGAUAGAAAAGAGAUCAUCAGAACUGGAUCCUCUCCUCCAGUCAAACAUCUGCUUGAUGAACCUGAUAUUAUCACAACCAUAG